CUUAGCGGAGGACACUUUGUUCAGCUAGGUUCACAUCACAAGAGGCUCUACAGUUUAUAUCAACCACAGCACUGGAUUUUCAGGAAGGAAACAGUGCUUAGGGCCUCAGUAUAGCACAGGCCAUUGUAGUAAAAAGCUGACAGCAUGUAUAAUUGUAUUUAUGGACCUGUUGCCUUUCCCAUGAAUUUCCAUUUGACGCUUUUAUGUUUAUCAGUUAUACUGUCACUUUGUGUAAAGUGUUACUGCACAGAUGAAGAAACUGAAUCAUCAGGUGAUCAGGCAAGUCGCUUCAUACUCACGUGGCAGAUCUCAAUGAGGAAAGCAAAGAUGAAAGAGAAAGCAACUGUGCAAUAUUCUAAUCCAUCUCAAAGGCUCAUCACUCAUCAGCUCCUUUAUUGCCGUGUUGGGAUUGGAUUCCACCUACAGAUUCUGACAAAUGGAAGUGUGUCAGGAGUGCACGAGCCAUCUGAGUACAGCACAUUGAGAGUGUUUGCUAUGAGGCCUGGUGUUGUGGGUAUCUGUGGUGUCAAGAGUGAGCUAUAUUUGUGCAUGGAUGAGGAAGGAAUUGCACGUGGAAUGAAGCAGUUCUCAAUCGAGUGUCUAUUUAAAGAGUGGAUGGAGGAAAAUCACUACAACACCUACUCCUCUCUGGCCCACCCAGUAUUUUAUCUGGCUCUUUCACAGCAAGGUCAGCUGAGGAGGGGCAACAGAUUGACCCGACACCAGGCCCGCACACACUUCCUACCUCGCCAACCCCUAUCUCACUAA